AGCAACUCUUAAACCUUGGCCAUGACCUAUUCUGCUUCUUGACGCUCGUUUUGAUACUCUCUUCAAUCUGGAUCCAAAUCGCCAACUCGAAUACAUGCUUUCGAGUUCGAGUACCUAAGGGCCCCCUAAGUCUACCGAUUCUCAUAUAGCUUCGUCGCAUUGGGACUGGCGGUUGAAGCCCUUCCCCGUCUUUGGGCAUUGCCGAGAUGGAAACAGGGAACCCGGAGCUGCAAGACAAGCUACAACAGCUUGAACUUGAAUUCGAGGAGGGAGACAUCACUGAGAAAGGAUACCAAAAACGACGAACCCUCCUACUCUCACAAUAUCUAGGCUCGUCUGCUGUUGCAGCGGAGCUGAAAGGUUUACGUAUACACUCUCCCGACAAUACUGCACAUCCAAUCAACGAUGGGUCCCGAAGUGCCUCGCUCGCGGCUCUCAAUGCGAACUCGACCGAGAAUUACGGCUCUACACCAGAGGUACCCCCUCAAUCGCCUGCCAGAAUAGGUUCUUCCCCAAAUUUGGACACAAUGACGAGCGAUUACAGCAGCUUUGGGAAUAAUCGAGGGCAGGGAGGAGGAUUUUCCUAUGCUGGUCCGCCGAAAGCUCUGCGGCUCGGUGUUCACAAUCCGGGACAGAGGCCACACUUAUCCAGCCAUGACUCUCUGUUUCUACCAGGCACUCCUGCAUCUGGGGGAAACUCGAUCGAGCCCACCAUGACAAUGGCAUCCUCAGUCUCAGGGGCGAAUUAUGCUUUCAAUCCGGCACAACAAGUCGGUUACGUUGAACAACAAGCAGAUACUUAUGAGAGCCAGGCUGGAACAAUGAUGGACAGGAACGGCACCAUGUUGGGCGAGUCACAACAGGGCUAUUUCUCUGACUUUGCUGGUCAACAAAGCUAUGACCAUGGGCCACCGAACUCAUAUGGUGGAGGGCCACAUCGGUAUUCCUCAAGCGACGCCUUCUCUCCAACGGCUGCGAUGGCACCACCGAUGUUGAGCACUAGCGAUCUUCCUCCACCCGCUGCACUAGAGUAUCAAAUGCCGUUGGAACCGCGAGAUGUCCCUUUUGCGGUCUAUGACCCCCAAGAUGAGAAUACGCCCAUGUCAAAAUUCGAUAACAUCGCAGCAGUAUUAAGGCACCGGGCCCGAAAUAAUGCCAAGGCGCCAGCAUACUGGGUUUUAGACGGCAGGGGGAAAGAAGUCUCCUCAAUUACCUGGGAUAAGCUGACAAGCAGGGCUGAAAAGGUCGCUCAAGUGAUCAGGGACAAGAGCUCUUUAUAUCGUGGUGAUCGGGUCGCCCUGAUAUACCGAGAUACGGAAAUCAUUGACUUCGCUAUCGCUCUGCUCGGUUGCUUCAUUGCUGGAGUAGUAGCUGUUCCCAUCAAUGAUCUGGAAGACUACGCCAAGCUGAAUAUGAUUCUCACAUCUACGCAGGCGCAUCUUGCGCUCACUACCGAUAACAACUUGAAGGCAUUUCAGCGAGAUAUCACUACGCAGAAACUUAAUUGGCCUCGCGGAGUAGAAUGGUGGAAGACCAACGAAUUUGGAAGUUUUCACCCGAAAAAGAAGGAUGAUGUGCCGCCGUUGACAGUGCCGGAUCUUGCUUAUAUCGAAUUUUCGAGGGCACCGACAGGCGAUUUACGAGGAGUUGUCAUGAGCCAUCGCACAAUCAUGCAUCAGAUGGCCUGCCUGAGUGCGAUAUUCUCGACGGUGCCGUCCGGUAGUCAAGCCGACACGUUCAAUGCUGGUCUUCGAGAUAAGAAUGGCAAACUGAUGGUCAGUCAAAGGGGAGGGACUGAAAUUCUGCUAUCUUACCUGGACCCUCGGCAAGGCAUUGGCAUGAUCCUAGGCGUGCUGUUGACAGUGUACGGAGGGCACACAACUGUUUGGAUGGAAGGCAAAGCCGUUGAGACCCCUGGACUUUACGCCCACAUAACCACCAAAUACAGAGCCACAUUGAUGCUUGCAGAUUAUCCAGGUCUCAAACGGGCAGCUUACAACUAUCAACAAGACCCACUUACCACCAGAAACUACAAGAAAGGUAUGGAGCCGAACUUUGCUCAUGUCAAACUAUGUUUGAUAGACACUCUGACCGUGGACUGCGAAUUUCACGAAGUUUUGGCGGAUCGUUGGCUCCGACCAAUGCGAAAUCCUCGAGCCCGCGAGUUAGUUGCGCCCAUGUUGUGUCUUCCAGAGCAUGGAGGUAUGGUUAUUAGUAUGCGUGAUUGGUUAGGCGGAGAAGAACGUAUGGGUUGUCCACUGAAGUUAGACAUGGGCUCAGACACUGCGUCGGAAGACGGAAAAGUGGAAGAGAAGGAGAAAGAGAAGGAAAAAUCCCCAGGGGCUGGUUUUGGCAGCUUGAUCGGAGGAGGCACUACGACAUCCACUCAAGAGCAAGGUAGGACAGAGCUAAGCGAGGUUCUUCUAGAUCGAGAAUCGUUGAAAACGAACGAGGUUGUGGUCAUCGCGACUGGGGAAGAAGCGCGAAAGAAAGCGAGCAGUGAGCCAGGGACAGUCAGAGUGGGAGCUUUUGGAUUUCCGAUUCCAGACGCGACCUUGGCAGUUGUCGAUCCCGAAACUGGUCUCCUCGCUUCGCCGCAUUCUGUGGGUGAGAUUUGGGUCGAUUCUCCAUCCCUUUCGGGGGGCUUUUGGGCCUUGCCAAAGCACACCGAACAGAUAUUUCACGCGAGACCAUAUAAGUUCGAGCAGGGUGACCCUACGCCAAUGAUGGUCGAGCCUGAAUUUUUACGAACAGGUCUGCUUGGGACAGUCAUCGAAGGCAAGAUUUUCGUUCUUGGUCUGUACGAAGACCGGAUACGACAGAAAGUGGAAUGGGUUGAACACGGCCAUGAAGUUGCUGAGCAUCGAUACUUUUUCGUUCAACACAUCAUUGUGAGCAUCAUGAAGAAUGUCACGAAGAUUUAUGACUGCUCAGCUUUCGACGUCUUCGUCAACGAUGAACACCUUCCAGUCGUGUUGUUAGAGUCGAAAUCGGCUUCCACUGCCCCGGUAACAUCCGGAGGCCCUCCACGCCAACUUGAUACAGCGCUUCUGGACUCACUUUCAGAAAGAUGCAUGGAGGUUUUGCUUCAGGAGCAUCAUCUCAGAGUAUAUUGCGUCAUGAUCACAGCCCCUGACACUCUGCCAAAAGUUCUCAAGAAUGGGCGAAGAGAAAUUGGUAAUAUGUUGUGUAGGCGAGAGUUUGAUCUCGGCAAUUUGCCCUGUGUACACGUCAAAUUUGGCGUUGAAAGAGCCGUGCUAAACCUCCCAAUUGGGGUGGACCCAAUUGGAGGUAUCUGGUCACCCAUCGCCUCACAGACGCGAGAAGACAUUUUGUCACCUGGGGACAAGCAGUAUUCGGGUAUCGAUCGCCGAGAGGUUGUCAUUGAUGAUCGGACGUCGACUCCUCUCAACAAUUUCUCGAGCAUUGUCGAUUUGCUUCAAUGGAGAGUUGCACGCCAAGCGGAGGAAUUAUCCUACUGUACAAUUGAUGGCAGAGGCAAGGAAGGCAAGGGUAUUACAUGGAAGAAGUUUGACACAAAAGUCGCUGCGGUCGCCAUGUACCUCAAGAACAAGGUCAAGAUCCGAGCGGGCGACAACUUAAUACUCAUGUAUACGCAUUCGGAAGACUUCGUCUAUGCUGUACAUGCGUGCUUCUGCCUUGGAGCAACAGCUAUCCCGAUGGCACCCUUGGAUCAGAACCGUUUGAAUGAAGAUGCCCCGGCUUUCCUCCACAUGGUAGCUGAUUACAAGGUCAAAGCUGUCUUGGUAAAUCAAGAUGUUGAUCAUCUUAUGAAGCAGAAGACGGUGUCGCAACACAUAAAGCAGUCAGCGCAAGUAUUGAAGGUUACAAUGCCGAGCAUUUACAAUACAACGAAGCCGCCAAAACAGAACAGUGGAUGUAGAGACCUCGGCCUGACGAUGCAACCAAGCUGGGUACAACCUGGCUAUCCCGUCUUAGUAUGGACGUACUGGACUCCUGAUCAGCGUCGCACAGCAGUCCAACUUGGCCACGACACUAUUAUGGGCAUGUGCAAAGUGCAGAAAGAAACCUGUCAGAUGACGAGUUCAAGACCAGUGUUGGGUUGUGUUCGCAGCACCAUGGGUUUGGGCUUCAUCCAUACAUGCCUUAUGGGCAUAUUCGUUGGUGCCCCCACAUACCUCGUUUCUCCAGUCGAGUUUGCACAAAACCCAAUCUCGUUGUUCUUGACAUUAUCGAGGUACAAAAUCAAAGACACAUAUGCGACGCCCCAAAUGCUAGAUCAUGCAAUGGCCAUCAUGCCGGGAAAAGGUUUCACCUUACAUGAGCUUAAGAACAUGAUGAUCUCUGCUGAGGGACGGCCACGUGUGGACGUCUUCCAGAAAGUGCGACUUCACUUUGCCCAAACAGGACUCGAUCGUACGGCCAUUAACACCAUUUAUUCCCACGUCCUCAAUCCUAUGAUCGCAUCUCGAUCAUACAUGUGUAUUGAACCCAUCGAACUCUGGCUGGAUAAGCAGGCAUUGAGGCGUGGGAUGAUCUAUCCUGUGGACCCUGAAGCUGACCCAAAGGCUCUUCUGGUUCAGGAUUCUGGCAUGGUGCCCGUGUCAACCCAGAUAGCGAUCGUGAACCCCGAAAGCCGAGCGCUAUGCCACGACGGCGAGUACGGUGAAAUCUGGGUUGAGUCGGAAGCUUGCGUGAAAACCUUUUACAGAUCUAAAGAUCCAUUCGACUCCGAGCGGUUUGAUGGUCGUACACUUGACGGUGAUCCAAUGGUUCAGUAUGUCCGUACCGGGGAUCUUGGGUUCUUGCACAAUGUUAGCCGGCCGAUUGGCCCAAAUGGUGCGCAGGUUGACAUGCAAGUGCUCUUCGUCUUGGGUAGCAUUGGUGAAACUUUUGAGAUCAACGGACUCAGUCACUUCCCAAUGGAUAUUGAGUAUUCAGUUGAACAUUGCCACAAAAGCAUUGUGCCAGGGGGCUGUGCUGUCUUCCAAGCUGGUGGACUCAUAGUAGUUCUCGUCGAGGUAGGAAGAAAGGCGUAUCUUGCUUCCAUCGUUCCCGUCAUCGUAAAUGCAAUUCUCAGUGAACACCAAAUCGUUGUUGACAUUGUCGCGUUCGUCAACAAGGGAGACUUCCCAAGAUCGAGACUUGGUGAGAAACAAAGAGGCAAAAUAUUGGCUAGCUGGGUCACACGAAAGAUGCGCACUAUGGCACAGUUUGGAAUUCGGGAUGCCGACUCAGGUCUUGCUGACCUUGCUGAAGCUCUGGAGCCACGUAGUGGUAUAGCCAGUAUCAGAAAUGGGAGCGUAAUGGCAAGUAGUCUCCGGAAUGUGGAAUCAGCUCCACAGAUUCGGGAAGAACGCGAGCUUGAGCGACAGCAAGUGGGAGCUCGGAACAGUUUUGUCCCACUUCCGACUGGGAUUUCCGAAAUGCCGGCCCAGAAUUAUGACGAUUCAAUCGUUGGAUCACCUAACAAAGAGAACGGGGCCUCCACAAAAAGCGAUGAUACCCCAACAGACACUCGAAAGAAUCAUUUCGAGCUUCCGAGCGACGACUAUGACCCGGAGAAAAACAACUUCUCGGACGAAUUUGAGAUUCCCGGAUUUUCAAAGACGGAGUCUCUUGAUAUCUCCCCACCUCAGGUUGGGCCAAAGCCAGUUUCGAGUCACAGAAUCAGUCUACCAGCAGUUGAGGGAAGAGAAGGCGAUCUGUGGACGUUGCCAAGCCAGCAACCUCGUAGCGGUUUGAGAGUACAAAACGGAUCGAGUGAUGAAGAUGAUGAUUCAUGGGAACAGGAUGCGAUAAUGCACAUGAAUCUUGCAGGGCGAUAAUUGGACAAGGGAUGUUGGAGCUCUGCAUGACAAAUGGAUAGAUGAAGCGUGAUGCUUUGAUAGACCAUCCGUUGGUGGUCAUGGUUUUGAUUCGAUUCAUGGCGGGGUGUUCUUUUUUAUCAAACGAUGCAUGGACGGGGUCGGAGCAUUAUAGUUCUUUAUGAAGUGACAAAAGGGCACUGUUGUGUAUAGUGGUGGUGGAUCCAAUAAUGAUAUAAAGAGAAUUUCUUGUAGCAUUGUGGCCGAGAUCUUGAUAGUACCACUCCAGGUGAUAUCCUGAUGGAGAAAAUCCUUCCAUUCAUU